AUGUUUGGGUUUGGACUUUGGACAAUGGAAGGCUAUGUACUUUGUUUCGAAAAGAAACUCUCAGCAACAGACGUUACACGUAAUAUGGAGAUACCAAAGUGGGCGCUUCACUUACCUCCUGGAAAUGAGAUCAUGUAUGUACUGGACCCAAAUGGAGAGACUACCUGGCAGUUCAUAUGUUCGACAAGGAACAGCGGCCGACGCUCGAUGCUAUAUCAGUGGAUGAGUUUUGCAGAGAAGAAGAAACUUAUGCCCGAUGACAUACUCCGAUUCUAUCGGUCCACGAAUGGAGAUGGGUAUUUGAUGGAGCUCGAACGCCAUAGCAUCCGACUGUUUGGGGUGACCAUACAAAUCAGCUGA